AUGCCUGCAGAGAAGAGGAAGAUCAUCACUGAAGUAGAGGAUGAUGAGGACAAUCUCAGUCCAGAUGACCUGUCCGAGUUGCUAGCGGAGGGAACCAAGGUCCACGACAGAGCAGAGAACUGCCAGUUUGUCAAAGACUUCCUCAGGGGACGCAUCAAAAGAGAACUGUUUAAGCGGGGCACAGUGGCGCUCUACUUUGUCUAUACUGCCAUGGAGGAGGAGAUAGAGAGGAACAGGGACCACCCCCAGUUUGCCCCCAUCUACUURCCCACUGAGCUGCACCGACGUGAGGCUCUGGCCCGGGACCUGGAGUACUURUAUGGAGAAGACUGGGAGAACCAGGUCARCUGCUCCCCGGGCACCCAGCCAUAUGUAGACCGCAUCCACGAAGUGGGACGUGAAGACCCGGUCCUGCUGGUGGCCCACUCCUACACCCGCUACAUGGGUGACCUCUCUGGMGGUCAGAUCCUUAAGAAGGUGGCACAGCGGGCGCUGAAGCUGCCCUCUAGUGGCGAGGGGCUGCACUUCUACCAGUUUGAGGGRAUCCACAGCACCAAGGCCUUUAAACAGUUGUACAGGAGCAGGAUGAACGAGCUGGAGAUGGACCAGGAGACCAAGGAGAGGAUCAUAGCCGAGUCUAACCUGGCCUUCAAGUUCAACAUGGAGGUGUUCACAGAGCUGGAGGAGGCAGGGAAGAGCAUCAKGGAGGAGGUGUUGGACGCAGGGUUCCCAGGACAUGGCCAUGGGGACAUGGACGGAGACAUUAACAAGUGCCCUUACUACUCUGKCAAAAUGGUGGCCAGUGGCAACACUAACUUUGCCUGUCAGUUAGCCAUGAUGCUGCUGAGACAUCCUGUUGGUCAGAUGGUUCUGGCCAGCUGGGCGGCUGCUGUCGCCGGAUUGGCUGCCUGGUACCUCAUGUGAUCUGUCACGGACUGAUUCAGCCAAUCAUAUGUUUAAAGGGCGGAAGACUCAACAAGGAAAUGGUGGACUUCUGGAGGAGGAUGGCCAAGCUUUGUCCAGACUAAUGAACUUGUUCCCUCCCUCAAUCCUUUUCAUUCUUUAUUUCUCUCCUCCCUUCGUUGCUGUGUUGAUACCAGCUGGUUGUUGUAGUAAUGAUGUUACUGUAACGUUGUAGGUUAUGAACCCGUCUUUAAUUAAUCUUUUCACUGCCCACAUGCGAAUGAUCUCCUUAGUAAUGUCCUCUUCAGUACUUAUCACCUGCACUAUUCUGCUUAUCAACACUGAAUAGUUACAUUGUUCAACUUUCAUUUAUGGCUGUAAGUGUGUAUUGAAACUAUACUGUACUUGCAGUACAGUGUAUUUUAGGCAUAUACAGUUGAAGUCGGAAGUUU